AUGUCACAACAACCUAAUCGGUACACACAAGAAAACCGAAAUGAAAUGCCACCCAGAGAUAUUCCUAAACCUCCAGAAUCGAUCGAGUAUAUCUGUGGAGAUUGCGGUGCUAAGACAGCUAUGAAGAACGGUGAACUUAUCAGAUGUAGAGAAUGUGGACACAGAGUGAUGUACAAACCGAGGACGACGAGAAUCGUAAGUACCGAAGCCCAUCUAAUCCCCGUUCUCAAGUAUUUUGCACUGAACAGUUAUAUUCCAUAG